AUGCAGUCAAGAGACAUUGCUAGGGUUCAGGCAGAGGCUAGAGGUAAACCCACUAAUAGCAGAGUGGCUAGUGUCGCCUCUACAAAUUCCAACUUCUCUUUAGGGUCCACCAUAUCACUUGAUCACCAAACUGAGCCAAAAAUCAGUGAAAUAGACCCACAAGAAGUUUAUGAAGCUGUUCUGAAGGUUAUUCUUUUUGAAUACAAGAGUGAGCCGCGUUUCACAGUUAGAUCAAAGCCAUCAAGUGCUGAUAGACUAUCGCCAAUUCCGAGUACACCAACUAAAUCAUCAGCGCCAGCAAAAAGAGACAAAUCACCAAGUAAACAUUCUUGGUUCCAUAGCAGUGGUAAAGAUGCUGAUCCAGAAUACUUACCAAAGGACACAAUCUCAACAUUGAAGAAACAACUUGGUGAUAUCGCUGUUGGGAAAGAUAAAUCAAUUACUGACCCUCUAUCCAAAAGGUGUCUAUUGCAUCUUUAUAAUGAACUUUUGAAUCCAAAAUCCAUACCCCCUGCAAAAGCUGAAGAAUUGACGGUAUUGUUUGUAAGACUUGCUACUAAAGAAAUUCAAUUAUUUACUGGAAAAUCAGAUAUCAAGACUGAUGUUUAUCACCAGACAAAUGUAUUCAUAAAUAUUCUUAUGAGUAUACUAAGAACUCAAAAAAACAGUGAAGUCUCAAUAAGGAAAUUGGAAGAUUAUAGAAGCUCAUUGAAGGCUUCAGCCAAAUCUGCAACAACUAAAAGUAAUGAAGUCACAUAUAUUAAGCCAUCAUAUCGUUUAACUGAAAUUUCAAGUGCGCAACUAUUAGGUUCAUUAUUUCAAAUUGAUGAAGUUAGAUUACAACAAGACAUUAUUCGAUUGAAGGAUAUCUCCACAGAGACAUAUUUGUAUUCUGAUUUGAAUAAGUUACUGUCACAAUUGAAAUCGAAUGAAAGGUAUUUUAACCCUGAUAGUUUUGACUCACAUGAUGCGUAUUUCGCCUGGAAAAAAUCUGAAGAGAAAGAGUUAACUACCGUUAUAAAUAGCAUACCAUUGGUCAAUGUUCAAAAAAAUCUUCAACAUGGCUCAGACUUCAAAUUUAUUCCGGAAACCCCAAGAACUGCUUUGCAAGAAUUACUAGCUAGAAUAUUGGAAUAUGAAAGAGAUAAUAACCAAGAAGGUUUGAUAUCUAAUACAUGUCAAAAUAUAGUGGAAAAAUGUUGCAGAUAUUGGAGAAUCCAUCCAAUUUCACAAGCUAGUAUAUUAUAUCAAGCAGCACAUAUGUCAAUUCUUAAAACGCCAAACAAUGAUUUACCUGUUGAUACUACAGAAUAUCUGUUUGGUGUUUUCUCAAGAUUGUUAGGUAACGAUGAUAUUCCCAGCUGGUCAAAACCUGACAAAAGGUUGUGGAUCACAAAUUUAUCCAACACUUAUAUUCAAAUCAUGGCUUCUAUUAGAUUUUUAAUACCUACAAUGUUUGGCCAAAAGGCACCAAAACUUACACCAAUAUUAAGAGUAUACUAUACUUAUGUUGCCCCGGAUCCACUAUAUCCAAUAAUUAUAAAAUCAGGACUACCGCAGAAAUGGAUGAAACGAUUGAAAAAUACGUUAUUGGCGUCUACAGAAAAGAAAUAUAUUGAGUUGCUGAGAAUCAUACCCACGGAUAGCAGCUUAGAUCUGAUUCAUGUUAAAGAAGUAUCUGAAAAUAUUUACAAGCAAGCACAAACACUACAAAAGAAAUUCCCAAAACCUCUUUUUGAUGAAAUUUACAUUCCUAAUGAAGUCAGCUUUUUAUUUAUUAAAUUGUUUUCAGAAGAUGUCUCCAACAUGCUGGCGCAUAUCGAACAUUAUUCAGUUAAAAGUGGAAAAGCUGUUAAUUAUGCAGAUGCUUUAGAGACAUAUCAAGAACUUAGGUACUUGAAGGAUCUCUUUGAUCAAGUUUCUCCUAGAAAUUUGAAGUUUUCACUUAAUUUGGAAGAUUUCUUUUACAAAUAUCUUGAUGAAUUGUGCACUAUUACUUCAAGAAAAAUGCAUGAAGUUGUUCAACAAGCUAUUCAACAAGAUAAUUUCGAACCUCUAGAUAUUGAAUCUGGACAAGGUUAUAGUUCAUCGGUGCUGGACAUUUUCAAAAUGAUCAAUGAAUCUUUCAAUAUGUUUAGAAAUUAUGAUUGGCAAAAUGAAACACAAUUAGCUGAAAUUUAUACAAAACUACUAAAGUCUGUGUCAGAUUCACUAGUAUAUUAUGCUGCUAGAACUAUGAAUUUGGUUAUAGAUGAUUUGAAAGAAGUUCCAGCCACUGCAUCAUCUGCUACAAAAGAUCAAAAUAGAAAGAGUGGUGCUUGGCUGUUCAGUGAAAUGAAAGCUGCUGUUUCGAACUCAACGAGAGAAUCAGUUCCAGAACCAUUCAAUUUCCAAAGUAGUACAUGUGUUAUACUAAAUAAUCUUUCGGAAAUGUUGAAAUUGCUCACAAAACUUGAAAAUCAAGUCGAUCCAGAACAAAUAUCAAAGAAGGCAUCUGCUUCUAAAUACAAAAACGAUAGAUCACUCUCUAAUAUUUUUACUAUCAGAGUCAAAAAUGCAGAAAAUAUUAAAGCAUGUAGUAGUGAUGGUUUUUCAAGCACGUCUGUUGCACUUGUUGAUGGUCAUUUGAAGAAAGAAAUUGGUAAGACAAAGAUUGUUCCGAAAACAUUGAAUCCAAUAUGGGAUGAGGAAUUUGAAAUUGAAGCAUCGGGUGAUAGUUCUAGAGUGGUGUCAGCUACUGUUUGGGAUCAUAGCUCAAGAUUUGGUUCACAAGAUUUAUGCGGUAGAACUUUAUUGCAAUUAGAUCCUAAAAAGUUUAGAAAAGAUGGUAUACCAGAAGAAGUGAAUAGAGAUUUAGAUAUACAAGGUACAAUCACCUUUGAGAUAUCAUUAGAAAGUGAAAAAAAUGAUGCAAUUUUCAGUAUCGGUAGAGCUCAUAGAUCUUUAAAUCGUACAAUGGAAAGAUCAUAUGCAUUGAUCGUUGAGAAAUUUUCUAAGUUUAUCAAUUAUUCACUUUCAAGAAAUACAUUGAAAAUUGUUUGUGGGAAUGGUACUAGGAAACCAACGCCCGAUGAUGCAAAUGAUGCUAUUGUUCCAUUAUUUGAUUAUUUAAACUCCAAUUUACAAGUUUUAGCUACAAUUUUAAACCACGAUAUUCUUUUAGAAAUCAUGGUCCAAGCUUGGAAAUUGGUUUUGGCUACAGUUGACAAUUUAUUACUACCAGCUUUAGCAAGUGUUAAAAAUUCAAACAUCUUAGCAAAAUCAAAUGCUACUUGGCAAAAUUCAAUAUCAAGUGCUAUGGCAAACGUUACAAAUUCUUUAACAGUUCCAGGUUUUGGUAGAGCACUUUCACAUACAGAAAUUGAUACAGUUUUCAUUUGGUUGAAUUCUUUAUGCUAUGAUUUUUUCCAUAAUGACGGUGCUGGUCCUCCACUUCAAGAUUUGAAAAACGAACAUUAUCAAACUUUGCUGUUAAUUCCAAUAUAUUACGACAGAGGAUUCAAUGAUCUAAAGUCAGAGGUUGAAAGAUUAACACCUAUUGUUCUUAAAGCUAUAAGAGAAAAGAAUUUUGUGGAUGAUGACACUGAAUCCAAGUCUAAGAAGAGAUCAAAUACUAUUGCCAGAAGUAAGACAGUUUUAGCGUAUGGUUCAGCUAAAAGAAGAGCUGAAACUAAACAAGCUAUAGCUUCCUCGGAUAAGGAUACCAGUUAUUUCCAGAUAUUCACAGAAGACAUUAUUCUCAGAGUAUUAAUCACAAAAGAUCAAAAGGAAUUUGUUGCGAGACGUUUAAAGGAAAGAGAAAAAAUUGCCAAAAGUAUAGCAACAGAGAGACUUGCAAGACUGGUUGUUGAGGGAAGAAAUGGAGGUUAA